UCCCGCCCAGCGGGGAGCGGAGUGUGGGGACCGGGGGCAGCAGUGCCUGCCCUUGCGGAGCAGGCAGCGGGGAUUGAGGACAGCCCGGAGGGGCACCCCUGGGUGACAGCCCCCGGCCCUGAUUAUUGCCCUGCGGAGAGGAAGCGGGCUGAUUAGUUGUUGGAUAAUUUUUAAUUUUUUAAUUACUAUUUUUAAAAAAAUUUUUGGUGUUCUGUGUGGGUUCCUGGUGUGGUAUGGAAGUGCCACAGGCGGUCGGCACCCGCCUAAGGAGGUGGUGAAGCACAUGAGGAGGAGUGCGUCGGCUGCUGCUGCUGCUGCGGGACAUGGCCCAGCGACCAUGGCGAAGGAUGGGGAUGAAGCCCCCAGCCCCAGCAGCUGCCGGGGUGCUGCUGGCCCUGGCCCUGCUGGCUCUCAUCCACCUGCCCCCACCACCAGAGCAUUCCCUGCUCCCACUGCAGGCCUCAUUCCCCCCAGGGCCCCCGAGGGAGGUGGCCGCUCCCCUGUCUGGAGGACAGGCCCACAGAAAAAGGCUCCCCAAGCCCCGCACACGCCUGCAGCAGGAGCAGGCCUCUGGCCGGAACAGGAGGCGGCGGGAAAUGGAGAGGGACACGGCCCCAUGGCUCUCUGCUGAUGACCGCCAGAAGAUGUGGCUGCUGUCCAGUGGGCAGGUGGUCUCCAAAACCCGUGUCCCUGCCCACGGGCAAAUCAUGCGAGUGCAGCUGCGUGCUGUGGGGGAUGCCAAGGGAGAUGCCAAGGGGGAUGUCUCGGCAGCCAGCCCAGAAGGAGACUGCCAGGAUGGGAGCUGUGGGCUCAUCAAGCGUCCCGGGGACCUGUACGAGGUGCUGGCCUUCCACCUGGACAGGGUGCUGGGGCUGAACCGCAGCCUGCCCGCCGUGGCCCGGCGCUUCAGCAGCCGCCUCCUGCCCUACAGCUACACUAACGGCGCCCUGCGCCCCAUCAUCUGGUGGGCUCCUGACCUCCAGCACCUGGAGGAUGCCAACAACGACCAGAACUCCUGUGCCCUGGGAUGGCUGCAGUACCAGGAGAUGCUGCAGCACCACAGGCCGAUGCUGGUGGCCAGGGACACUCCCUGCUCCAGCAUCCCUCACAGCGAGUGGAGCCGCCUGGCCCUCUUUGACUUUCUUCUCCAGGUUCAUGACCGCCUUGACCGCUACUGCUGUGGGUUUCAGCCUGAUCCCUCUGAGCCCUGCGUGGAGGAGAUGCUCCAUGAGAAGUGCCGGAAUCCAGCAGAGCUGGUCCUGGUCCACAUCCUGAUCCGGAGGAGUGCUCCGUCCCGCCUGGUGUUCAUCGACAAUGCAGGCAGGCCACAGCACCCUGAGGAGAAGCUCAACUUCAGGCUCCUGCAAGGCAUAGACAGCUUCCCUGCGGCGGCAGUGGCCACGCUGCGGUCGGGCAGAUUGCAGAGCCUGCUGCUGCGGUCCCUGCGCCUGGACCGGGAGUUCUGGGAGAGCCAGGGCGGUGCCGAGGGGCUGAGACCCCUGCUCCAGACCAUUGACAGGAGGGCACAGAUCCUGCUCCGCCACAUCCAAGAGCGCAACUUGACGGUGUUUGAGGACUCGCCGUGCUGAACCGAUCUCUGGCUGGCUCACAGGGCCUGCCUUGCACGUCCCAGCAGCCAUGGAUGCACCUCUUGCCCUUGGCAUGGAUGUUAUAAGGCUCUGUGCUGGCUCUCUCCACAAGAUGUUUCCUCUCAUCUUGUAAGAUGGUCUGGAGGAGCAGAUGGAAUCACAGGGAGUAGGAAAGAUGGGGAAGAGAUGUCUCCUAGGACAACCAACAACUGCUUGAGAAAGGCAACAGUGAUCAAGUUAUGAUUGUUAUCCAUCUCAGCAAGGAUUUUUAAAGGAAGGGCACGUCUGUAAGGUUUCACUCACAUGCCUUCACUCACAUGCACACAAACACACACACAGCAACUAUGUGAACUGGAGGCUUGGACAGUUGAACAGCUGACAGGGACCCUGGAAAGAGUUAAAGAAGCAGUGGAAGAAGUCACUGGCAGUCUUUCCAUGACUUGUACUGGGCUUUUUGAUGAUGUCUUCACUAUUUCCAAAACAUCCCAGACAGAGAGGUGGGGGAAAGAAGAGGGGAGCUUUCUAAGUGGAUUAAACCAAGACAAGACACUAGAUCUGAGCUCUGCCUUUUCCCCUGCAGAAGAAGUGAUGUGUGCUUGGGAGUGAGUGUGAGCCACUACCUGAAGCUGAGAGUAGGCAGGACCUUGGAACUCAGCAGCACUGCACAGCAGCUGCCCUCACAUAGCCUAUGGUACCAUCCCCAGUGAGAGUCACAUGCUGUGUGCCAUGUGCCGUGAUCCAUGCAUGUGACUUGGUGGGCCUGGGCUGCUGCCAGUGCUCUCAAUGUUGGAUUUGAAGAUUUAAAUCUCUCAUUCACUCCUUCCUUUCACUGCCAGGGGAUUAAAGGCAAAACUACCCCACUUCUGAAAAACACUCCUGGCUGCUCUCUUGGGCAUGUAGCUCUUCCGCAGGCUUGCAGAAACAUGUUUUAACAAAAAUGCCAGGCUAUUUCAGCAGAAGGCAGUCAAGUGCAAAAUGCUUUCUGAGCGUGCUGGCACCUCCAGCAGAGCCCAUCCUGUUCCUGUCACCCCUCAGGCUCUUGCCCAGCAGCCCACUCUGAUGAAGCACAGCAGCAUCCCAGCUAGGCAGGUCCUCAAGUGUCAGGGCUGAGAAAUAAUUGAAAAUCAAAAUGAACAGGAGGAAAAAAGAUGCAGGGAUGGGCUCCAUCAUUCCACACAGUGUGUUUCCCAGCUGAGGCAUGCCUGGAGCAAUCAGUUCCUGGCCUGUGGGUUUAUGGUUUCCCACCAGAAGCCUUUUUAAAGGCCCCCAUUUCUCCAGUUUUACAGGCAAAGCAUCCAUGCUUCAGGCACUCCAAUUCACCUGUGCCUUUGGAAAAUCUCAGUGAGACUGGCAUGGGUACCCAGAUGCACCAUGGUCCAGCUAUCCCAUUGCAAUAGCUUUGGAGAACACAGACACUCAUGCUGUGGGAGAGGAAAAGCUGGGUCUAGAUACCUUCCCUGCCUCAUCCUUCUCAGCACUACAUCAGUUUGAGAACCUGCAAGGGGAUGCUGUAACACCCAUGCUGAUAACACAGGCAAUUACCUUUUUUCCCCUUCUCCCUCUUGCUGAAAAGAGGAUGAAGUGAAACAUGGGCCACAUGAAUCAACAAGCAAGCACAAAUGCUCUCAAGAAGCAUCAGCAUUCAGCAUCACAGGCACAGCAGCAUCCAAAGUACCAUCAGCUUGUUCCCGGAGUCCUGCCCUCCAAUUAACCAGGGAGUUCGUUUCCCCCAGCACUCUAUCCACCCUGUGAAUUAUCACCCCAUUUGCUGUGCCAUGAGAUGGAUGACGGUCAUGGAAACCUUGCUAAAGACUGAAUCAUGGGGAUUUAUUACUGGGAGGUGAGCUUAGCUUGUAAACUUGAAAGAGAACAAAAUAACUCAUCCCGGGUCCUAUGAAAAGCAUGGUGGUGUAAGAGUAAAGGAUACUAAAUGUAACAUAAUUAAAUCCAAAAAAUAUGCUGGGGAAAAACUGUGAGGUAACAAGAGCAUUAGUUAUGAUGUACAGCAUCAAUCAGGGUCUUUCUUUUUCUCAUUAAAGUGAGAAAUUUCAUUAAAGGUGUUCAUCCCAUGUAAGCCAAGGUCUCAGUGAGAAUUAGGAGAUGGGGGGGUCUGUGCAGUAGCCAAAGCCGUGGUCAUUGCUGAGCUGGACCAGCAGCUCUUGCCUUGCCUCUGGUUGCAUCUGCUUGACCUUAACAUUGCACAAGGUAGUGGGACUGUUUUUGCAUUUCUUUAGUUGUAAUGUGAGUUUGCUGCCUAAACACAUGUGGGAACAUCUGUAAGCAGUUAUACAUGUGAAUAUAAAUCCCUCAUGAUUUUACAAAGAGCCAUGUAUGGAUAAAUGAGAGAAGCAAAAGCCAAGAUCUUGCUGAGACUGAUCAUUAAUCUUCUCUGAUUAGUCUGUUUUUCCAUGGGCUUGCCUAUGUAACCAGCACAGGCUCUAAACUGCAGUCAUGGCUAUUCAGAGGAAUCCUGCGGACUGCUGGCAUCAGCCUUUACCAUGUGAUGUUGGGUUUGGUUUGCUCCAGCUAUCAACGUGGUGUAUUUCCCAAGACAAACUUACUUUUAUGGUUAUAACUACUUUAUAGUAUAAACAUUUGUGUGGGGCCAUGCUUGACAAUGCUAGAUUUCAUCUGAGCAGGGAUGCUGUUUUACCAAAUUUUAUUGCAUAUCCACACACAUUGUGUUAGGGUGUGGUCACAAAAAAAAGAUAGUCCAAGUUGGAUGCAGGAUGGCUUUGUCUUUAAGACAGCAGUAACAACAGCUAAGAAAGGGAAAGAGCAGUGGAAAGACAAGGGCUCCUUGACUGCGGGGAAUCCCUGCAGCACCCUCCUGCUCACUCUUGGCACCUUGGAAAGAGCUCUGAGAACAGCAUUUGGGAGCAUGGGCACACACCUCCAUGGAGCUCCACCAGGAGGGAACUGCUUCAUUCCACAAUGAUCCAAGUGAUAUGAUCCAUGUUUAACAGCUCUCUGGCUGUGCACAGCCCUUCAGCUGGCAGAAAACAGGGCUGGGGGUUGGAAGGCAGGGGUCAGAUUGGCUCCAACCUCCUGAGCACACGCACUCAUACAUGCAAACAUGGUCUGUGUCACUGCUUCUGAUCUUAACCUCCCCAAAACUGGUGAUCCCCAGGCAUCCCCAGCAGCCUGCUCCAGUGCUUUGCUGGUCUCACCCUUCUUAAACUAAAUGCCCACUUACUGCAUUUAAGGGCCACUUCUAGAGCUGGACACAGGACACUAAGGGGUCUUAUCUGCAGCCCCAGCACUUAUUGAACCCUCCCAAUGGCCAGGGGUGACACCAGUGGGGUGGCACUUGUGGGUAAGAUGAUGACCCACCCUUGUGCUUCAUUGCCCUUAAGGUGGGUUAUCACAGGUGCCCCUCAGAGACCCCACAGGGUGCAAACCCCACCCAAGCAUCCCCGUGCCGCACAGGGGAAGCGUGGGCUGACUGCUGCCUGAAAGGCAAGAGCUAGCAAGUAAAUCCAAAUUCAUUGUUAAAUCUCUGGAUAUAAAAAUAAUCUGGCUUUUAGAAAGCAAUUUAUUUAUGUUUUCAGUACUUACUUAAAUAUUUAUGUGAAAAAGGGGGAAAAAAGGUCUGGUCUGACAUAGGGCUAUUAUUGUAGCAACAGUCUUUGAGAUUAAUGGAAGUAAAUUAGCCUGAUGUUUUAUUUACAUCCAGAAAAGCAAUAGAUAAACUCUCCUUGUGAUGGAUUUUCUUCAUUAGCUGGGCAAACGCCUAAGGUACAGCUCUUGACAUUGUUUCUUCCAUGCAGUUAGACAAACAGUUUAUCAAAGGAGUAUAAAAUUGUCAGGAAAAGAAGCAGAUUAAUGGCCAGUAAAGUGAAGAUCAUUGAAUUUAUGAUAUAAGUAGCAGUAUCACUGGAGCUCAAGAAAUGGCUUAUUAGAUAAGCACCAUGUACACACACAGGGAAGUGCUGAGCCCCCCCCAUGGAUCUGCCGCACUGUCGGCGGCUGCUUCCCAAAUCCCAGUGGGGUAAUCUCCACAUUGAAGCCUCACCUCCCUCCUCCUUCCCUCCCUUUAGGUUUGGGUUUAUUCUGUAACUCUCUCAUUUCAUCUUGUGAACAUAUGAUUUCUUCUCAAUUAAAAACCCUUAAGUUUUCAGAGAUGAUAACUUAGUCUUCAUCUCUGUGCUGCUGUAACCAUUUCUGCAACCUAUUUUGGCAAUUUUGGCUGCUGUAAUAAUCAUGCCAAUAUCAACAACAAUAGCAUACAGGUCUUAUGAUUCUUUGUAAAAAAUCCCCCAGCAUCAGCAACUUACGGAUCCCAUAUAGCUCCUGCAGCAAUUACCUCUGGAAGGAUAACUACCUGCCAGAUAAGGCAAAUGGAAGAAAGGAGACAGGGAACCUGGGAGAAACAAAACAUUCCUGGGGAUGCCAGUGGGACUGUGCGGGUUCCCGAGGUCUCUGCCCCGCUAGACAUGGGCUCAGGUUUUCAAGCUUCAGAAGAGGGAUUUUGGGUACAAGGAUUACUAAAACCCAUGAAUUUAACUGGUGCCAUGAAUCUUGGUGUCCGAGUGCUGUCUCCAGCAGGUGGCAUCGGCUCAACAGGCUGCCUUUUCCCUGUGCUUGCCAAGAGCGUCUUAAAAGUUUCAUCUCUGAACUGACAGAUUUCAAGCUGCUAAAGCAUCAUUAAGUCCCUAAUUCCUUUGCAGCCUAAUCCUCCCAGCUGUACUUUAUAUCUCUUCACCAGCACCACCUUUCUCCCCUACAUUACUCUCUUUCCAACAAAAAUCUAGAUUUAUGGAAGCAGAGUGUUGCUCCAUGCUGGGAGCAAGACAGAGCAAGUGGCUGCUUGAAGAACAAAUUGCCACAAGACCCAGAGCUCUCCCCACUCUAGUGUGGACCCAAAUGUGGACCAAAUGCACAGCACCCACAGGAUUUUUGUAUUGCAAAUCUCAAAUGGUGGUCAAGUCCAGGAGUUUUUCCCUAGAGCUAUUUUGGAUAGCUGCUGCUUUGCUAGGAUUGUCUCUGUUCCAGAGAACUCAUAAAGUUCAGGACAUUUUGAAUGGGCCUGCAGCUGUCCCUGGGAUGGAUUUGAAAAAGAUACAUCUCUUAGAGCUGUGUGCAUCCAACUGGCAGAUAACACAAAUCCAACUACGCUCUGAGGCUUUGAAAUCCACUGGUUUAUAAGCAAGGUGAGCCAAAGAUGGGAACAGUUUCUCCCAAACAGGAGUAGUUUUCUAAUCCCAGACUAUCACCAUAUGGUCCUUGGGAAUUUCCAUGGGUUUUUUGCUUCACUCCUGACUGAAGGUCCUGCCCCAUGUUUCCUCCUCUUCUGAGCUGAGCCAGUUUUUAUUCCCCUGGGCCACACCCAGCAUCACUAAUCCAAGAGAUGACAUGAGUGCAAAGGGAUUUCUUACAUUUGGCACCCUGGACACCCUCCUGGGACCCCAUGCUGCCAGCCACAGGCAGAGUGCUGCUUGUGCCCCCCUGCAAGGGGUGGUGAGGCAAUGCAUGUCCCUCCAACUUCUGAUCAUGGCUUGGGUCUGGAUACCACAUGAGCUUUUUCUCCUCCUCAGUCCCCAUCCAAGUUCCAGGUUAGGCAGUCGGACUCGCCAUUUUACUUCCUUUUGGGAUGGGAGGCUGUAGUUGGUGUUGCUGGUGACGGAGACAUCAGCUCUUUUCUUUCAAUCUAUGAGUUGUCUUGCCAAUACCAGGAACUAACAUGUCAGUCUGCAGAGCUGUUAACACAGAAAAGGGGCUGCCUGGCCUCUCCCCAGCUGUCUGGAGGAGGGAGCAUGUGAUGAUGCCUUCAGGAAGCACCUGAAAGUGGUGGGUGAAGAUUUUUUCCCACUAGAUGCUCAGCGCCGGGAAAGCAAAGAGAAAUUCUCCAUGGACAAUGGUUCAAUCCUGUCCCCAGUCCAGCCAGAUGAAUGUGGUGGGGUUUCAAACCAGGUACAGGGAAGAGGCCAAGGAAAACCUGAAUCCUGACUCUGCACAGAAAUGGAACAGGAUGCGCCCAUACUGGGGUAUUUCCCUGGCAAGAGGUUAGCAUGACUCCAUGGUGCUGCUGGCCAGGCUCUCUGCUGGAGCAGGUAUGGUACCACCUCUUCCAGUCCUGCUUUUUGAGUGAGCUUUGCUCCCUUGGAUUUUAUGUUUGGCUGCAUCUAAGCAGGGAUGGAGUUUUUAUUGAGGAUGAGGUGAGUGGAUAGAGAGUGGUGCAGGCUAUACUGUAAACGUUGCCAUAUUUUUGCAUGUUGUUUGGUUUUAAUUGCCCAUUCCAGGCAUCUGGGGAAAGUUUGGAGUAAGCAAAGCGUGUUACAUCCCAGGGCUCUUUAUGCACAUAAACAAUUGGAGGUUUAUUGCCUUGACCUUCCCUGAAACAAGUUCUUGGCUCCUCUGAGUUAAAUCUUGGGGUAAAAAGGGGUCUAAUAAGCUGAGCUGCAGAUCUGGGCUUCUAGGAAGUGCAUCUAGGUGCCAACAAGAUACCAGGAGGCUGAGAUUUGCCACAAUUGGGACAAAUCUUUUAAAAUGGCUUUUGUUCAUUUCAGCGAGGUCUGUCAGCUCAACUCCUUGCCAACAAUAAAUAGUGUGGGAGCAGGGAAUUGGUGAUUAUAUUAAAUUUAAGGCAAUUCAGUCUUACUUGGUUUUACUUGAUUUGGAGUGUUGGGGAGAGGUGGCACAACAUCUGUGCACAGAACGGACAGGUUAGGUCAGAUACCUCUUGCUUUAUUAUCUGAGCAUGAAACAUGACAUCCCAGGGAAAGAGCCAUAAUUAGGUGUUCCUAAUCCUGCCCAUUUGAGUCAAAAUUAUAAACUAAGAGGGCAGAGAUCAAAGGCUUCUACCGAAGGCCAGAGCAAUUUGCUGAGGAGCUUAACUGAAAGUAGCACUCAGUGCCCAUGCAGGGGCAUGGUAUCAGCUGCAGCCUCU